CCUGCUCCGUAGGCGGCGCUGUUGCGUCCAGGGGCUGCGGCUGGGUUGCCCGGAGCAGGGAGCUCCGCGCACCCACCCCUCGCCCGCAGGCGGGGCACCCAGUCGGGCAGAGGACUCCGCGGCCGCCGGCGAGCAAGCCCCGCCCCCUCCCGCGCGGGGCCCGCCCCCUCCCCGUCCCCCGCCCAUCCCGAGGUGCAGCCGGCGCUGAGCGCGGCAGGCGCGGGAGCGGGCGCUGGAGCCGGAGCGGCGGCGGCAUUCACGGGGCGGCGGCGGCGGCGCGGGCUCCGACACGGGCGCGGGCUCCGGCAUGGUGCAAUCCGGCCUCGUCCCGGGAGAGCGGGGCCCGCGCGCGGGGCCAGCGCCCGGGGAGCGGCGGCAGCGGAGGUGGCGGUGGUGGCUGCAGGCGCAGGCAGGCGGCAGGUGCUAGAAGCGGGGCUGGGCGAGGUGCGUGCCCGCUGGGCACCGGGGCCGCCGCCCCCUCACUGCCCGGGUCUUUCCCUCGCUUCGUGCUCGCCAGCGCGUCCAGCCCCCUGCCUCGGCGCCCCGGCCCAUGGCGCCCCGCGGUUGAGCCGGCGCCGCCAGGGACCCCUCCCGCGGGCCUCCCCGGGGCGCGCAGAUCCCGGAGCUGCCCGCCCACCCUCCGCGGAGCCUCCCUCCCUUCCUCGCCCGAGCCGGGCGGGACCAUGGCUGCGAAGCUGCGAGCGCAUCAGGUGGACGUGGACCCGGACUUCGCGCCGCAGAGCCGGCCGCGCUCGUGUACCUGGCCCCUGCCGCAGCCCGACUUGGCCGGCGACGAGGACGGAGCGCUGGGCGCAGGGGUGGCUGAGGGCGCCGAGGACUGCGGGCCGGAGCGCCGGGCGACGGCCCCGGCGAUGGCCCCAGCGCCGCCGCUGGGCGCGGAGGUCGGACCGCUGCGGAAAGCGAAGAGCUCCCGGCGGAACGCGUGGGGGAACCUGUCCUAUGCCGACCUCAUCACCAAAGCCAUCGAGAGCGCCCCGGACAAGCGGCUCACGCUCUCGCAGAUCUACGACUGGAUGGUCCGCUACGUGCCCUACUUCAAGGAUAAAGGCGACAGCAACAGCUCGGCCGGCUGGAAGAACUCCAUCCGGCACAACCUGUCUCUGCACACCCGUUUCAUCCGCGUGCAGAACGAGGGCACUGGCAAGAGCUCGUGGUGGAUGCUGAACCCCGAGGGCGGGAAGACAGGGAAGACCCCGCGGCGCAGGGCCGUGUCGAUGGACAACGGAGCCAAGUUCCUGCGCAUCAAGGGCAAGGCAAGCAAGAAGAAGCAGCUGCAGGCACCCGAGCGGAGCCCGGACCACAGCCCCCCGGGCGCGCCUGCCCCAGGGCCAGUGCCUGUGGCUGCCAAGUGGGCCGCCAGCCCAGCCUCGCACGCCAGCGACGACUAUGAGGCGUGGGCUGAGUACCGCAGCGGCGGGAGACCUCUCCUCGGGGAGGCGGCCGAGCUGGAGGACGACGAGGCCCUGGAGGCCCUGGCGCCGUCGUCGCCGCUCAUGUACCCCAGCCCCGCGAGCGCGCUGUCGCCGGCGCUGGGCGCGCGCUGCCCAGGGGAGCUGCCCCGCCUGGCCGAGCUGGGAGGCCCGCUGGGCCUGCACAGCGGCGGUGGCGGCACCGGGCUGCCGGAGGCCUUGCUAGACGGCGCGCAGGACGCCUACGGGCCGCGGGCCCGCGCCGGGACGCCCGCCUACUUCAGUGGUUGUAAGGGCGGCGCCUACGGCGGGGGCGGGGGCUUCGGGCCGCCGGCGCUGGGCGGGCUGCGCCGCCUGCCCAUGCAGACCAUCCAGGAGAACAAGCAGGCUAGCUUCGCGCCGGCCACCGCGCCCUUCCGCCCCGGGGCGCUGCCCGCGCUGCUGCCGCCACCGCCCCCAGCGCCCAGGCCGGGCCCGGUGCUGGGUGCGCCCGGGGAGCUGGCGCUGGCGGGCGCGGCCGCCGCCUACCCCGGCAAGGGGGCCACCCCGUACGCGCCGCCCGCGCCCUCGCGCAGUGCCUUAGCCCACCCCAUCAGCCUUAUGACGCUGCCCGGCGAGGCGAGCGCCGCAGGCCUCGCGCCGCCCGGCCACGCCGGCGCCUUCGGGGGUCCGCCGGGCGGCCUCCUGGACGCGCUGCCCGGGCCGUACGCAGCGGCCGCCGCCGGGCCGCUGGGUGCCGCGCCCGACCGCUUCCCGGCCGACCUGGACCUCGACAUGUUCAGCGGGAGCCUGGAGUGCGACGUCGAGUCCAUCAUCCUCAACGACUUCAUGGACAGCGACGAGAUGGACUUCAACUUCGACUCGGCUCUGCCGCCGCCGCCGCCCGGCCUGGCGGGCGCCCCGCCGCCCAACCAGAGCUGGGUGCCGGGCUGAGGGCUGCUCCCAUGCCCCGGGUGCCCCCGGCCCGACCCCAAGGGGCCGCCGUCUUCCCGUCCUGAUCCCUGGAUCCCCCACCCCCGACCCGGCUCCGCCGAGCACGCAGGAGGCAGCCCCCGCCCCGCAAGAAAUGACCCUCAGAAGUUGGCCACUGAGGGAAGCGGGAGGGAGGUGCUGGGGCAUCUCCAUUUCUGCCCACCUCCCUCCCCGCCCCCUCCCCCGGGCUGCUCUCCAGCUGGGAGAGGAGGCCAAAUUCCGGGAUGGGUGCGGUGGGGAGGUGGGGAAGAGCACGGGGGCCACCUGGGUGUCAAUGCUGGUCAGGAAGCCAACUGGGAGACGGGGCAGGGGGCGUUCGGGAACCUUCAGUUUCGGGUGGGAGCAUCACCCAUCCCUGCUGCAGUCUGACUCCCAGCCUCACCCACCGGAAGCCGGCCACCCCCCAGCCCAGGAAAGCUCUUCCCCACCAUCCAACGACAUGCCCGCCCACAGUUCAGCCUCCUUGUCCCGUCCUUGUUGGCCCUAGCCAGGUCCCCCACUGCUCUCCUCAGUACUGGUCUCAGCCCCUCCAGUGGGCCUCAGCUCUGGAUCCACUCCCAGCCUGAUACCCCUCCCCGCACACCAGUCCCGGCCCCUCUCUCCCGUAUUUAUAAGUGUGCGGUCGGGGCGGGCGGUGGGCGCGGCGUCCCCGGCUCGUAUCGUAGGCAGUGUACCGUGGCCGUGCCGUCAGCGUGUGCGUGUGCGUGUGUGCCGUGUCCAGGCCGUGUAGAGUGCAUUGUACAGCAUAUUUUCAUGAAUAAAAUUGUUUUAAAUAUU